AUGUUCCGGUCGCCUGGCCGCCUGCCCCUAGCACGCCCGCUCGCGGCCGCCCUCUUCUUCCUGGCGUGCGCUGUGGCCAGCGUCCCCCCGGAGGCGCUGCACAACAUCGCGCACGUCCAGUUCCCGCACGACUCCCUGGCCCUGCAGAACCACCGCACACUGUCCGACCGGUACGGCCUGCCGGAUGGGUACCGGUGCUCGAGCCUCAUUGGGCCGCGCUGCGUGUCCCAAGCCGCGCUGGACGGCGACGUACCCGUGACGGAGUUCCAUGAAUCGGGGCAUGGCCUACCCGCAGAUCUAGACCUGUCACUAAAAAUACUAAUCAAACAACCGAAGCCUGGCCAGAGUGUGGAGGACCUGAUUGCAGAGAUAGCAGCGAAAGAAUCUGAUGCCUACGCCCUUCGCCAAGAGUCUGCAGCCUUGGCUGCCGGGAAAAGCAAGGAGGAGUCCGCUGCAAUUGGACAGGAGGCAAGAGAAGCUAUCAAGGUGAGCCUCACUGAAGUGAGCAAGGAGGGAAUGAAGAAUUUUCGAUCGUUGCUGAAGAAGCGUCUCCUGGAGAGUGUUGCCCAAUUAACCAAUGAAGUCGAAGGCCUAGGCAUCGAAGAUGUGGAUGCGAUGCGCGAAGUGCUGUUAAGAAGCCUCAUGGCAGACCUUACCGAUGAAGAUUCUUUUGACAGCCAGAACGACGGAGGCCAGCAAAGGGAGCAUGUGGCGGAUGGAGUGGCAAACGACGGCGAGUCAUCAGAUGAGGAUUGGGAAGAGAGCGGACGGCUCUUCUUUGAAAAGGUCAAGAGCAUGUUUGGACUGGAGGGGGCUGGCAUGGAGGAAGAGGAGGAUGAAUACGAGGAUGUGGAAUUGGAAGACGAUUGA